UAAUGCAGCAUUCUUUUGGACACCACACCUAGGUCGGAGCACUGUCGUCCUUCAGGGCUCCAGCCUCUUGAUAUUUUUGUACUUCAGUAUCAGCUCGAUAGAGCAAAAGACAGAGAGGACGAGAGAGGGGGGUGAGGAGAAAAGAGAGAGAGCGCGCGAGAGGGAGAGGGAGAGAAGGAGGGGUGGGAAUUACACAAAGAGAGAACCAAAAAUAAUUUUGAUUCCUAAGUUAAUUUGCUCACUGAUCUGGGAUUUUAGUCACCAUGGAGGGUAAAUGGACAAUCUGCCCAGGACUGCAGCCCGAUACUAUUUUUCAAGGCCAGAACUUACUCCAUUUUCUAUGCAAAUGUCAGAAAAAUGAAACACCCUCUCUCCCAAGUCAGAGAAGGGGAAGCAACGGCUCUCACGUUGGGACAAUAUUAUCUGGAAGCUGAAGAAGAAACUGAAUAUUCCUUCCUUCCUCCCUACCCAUUCCUUUAAAUCCGGAGGAGGAAAAAAAUCCCAAGGUCUGCAAAGCUAAAACCCAAUCUCGGAUAUACUACUAAUAGGCGCGGCGCUCGGACUAUAAAACACAACAAAUCAUAAACCCGGCGGAGCAGCAGCGGCCGCGCGCGCCUCCCCUCCCAAUGAGUUCCUAUUUCGUGAACUCCACCUUCCCCGUCACUCUGGCCAGCGGGCAGGAGUCCUUCCUGGGCCAGCUACCGCUCUAUUCGUCGGGCUAUGCGGACCCGCUGAGACAUUACCCCGGGCCCUACGGGCCAGGGCCGGGCCAGGAGAAGGGCUUUGCCACUUCCUCCUAUUACCCGCCGGCGGGCGGUGGCUACGGCCGAGCGGCGCCCUGCGACUAUGGGUCGGCGCCGGCCUUCUACCGCGAGAAGGAGUCGGCCUGCGCACUCUCCGGCGCCGACGAGCAGCCGCCGUUCCACCCCGAGCCGCGGAAGUCGGACUGCGCACAGGACAAGAGCGUGUUCGGCGAGACAGAAGAGCAGAAGUGCUCCACUCCGGUCUACCCGUGGAUGCAGCGGAUGAAUUCGUGCAACAGUUCCUCCUUCGGGCCCAGCGGCCGGCGAGGCCGCCAGACAUACACGCGUUACCAGACGCUGGAGCUGGAGAAGGAGUUUCACUACAAUCGCUACCUGACGCGGCGGCGGCGCAUCGAGAUCGCGCACGCCCUGUGCCUGACGGAGCGGCAGAUCAAGAUAUGGUUCCAGAACCGACGCAUGAAGUGGAAAAAGGAGAGCAAACUGCUCAGCGCGUCUCAGCUCAGUGCGGGGGAGGAGGAAGAAAAACCGGCCGAGUGAAGGUGCUGGAAAGGGAGGGAGGACGCGAGGUGAGAGGCCUGUGGGGAGCCGAGGGCGUCAGAGAGACCCGGGAAGGAAGGCUCUCGGCUGGAGGAGCCAGGAGACCUGCUCUCCAGCGCAGACAGGCAGGGCCCAGCGCUCUCCUGGACCCCCCCGCCCGCACAGCUCCUGGCGGGUGCUCUGAGGCCUCACUACUCGAGCCCACCCAGCACCCCGCGCGCCCUUCCUUCCCGAGGAACUCGCCUCAGCCUGAUCAGGCUUCCUGGUGAGAACUGAGGAUCGGACUCACUUGAUGUUUCCUGGAAGCAGAGCAAAAUGCUCUUGUCCCUGUCGCGUCUUAUUUCGUCCAUGUCCCCCGUGCACGGUUCAAUGGUAGAUUCGCUGUCCCCUCUGCGGGGGCCUUGAAGACUCCCUGAUCCCAGACCUGUCGUCUCUCCCACCCCCUCCCCAAAGCCACUGGAAGGAGCACAUACUACCUAGAAGUAAGAAGAGGAGCCUCAGAAGAAAACAAAGUUCUAUUUUAUUAAUUUUCUAUGUGUUGUGUUUGUAGUCUUGUCUUAGCUCUGGACGUGAAAUACUUCGAUGAUGAUGAUGAUGAUGAUGAUGAUGAUGAUGAUGAUGAUAAUAAUAAUAACAAUAAUAAAGAUGUGAAAACUCGAUGCUCGGUCACCUC